AUGGCGUUUGACAAAGUCAAGGCAAUGGAGGGCACUGUGUGCAGUAACGCUUGGGAUGACCGAGACGCCGAGGUGAUUUGCCGAUAUCUUGGACUAGGUGGUCCGGCUGUAGCGGAAACACUACCCAGGGACUCUCGCUACAACAGAACAGUGUUUGGUGUACACUGUCUUGGAAAUGAGACAGACUUUUCGCAAUGCUCGGCUGAUAGCCACGACGUUACUAUGGGAGGUUGCGACACCUUGGACGAUGCCGUCGUAAGAUGUGGAGUAAUGAAUAUGACAAGAACUACCAAGUCAUCUCAUGGAAUGACAUCAUCACCAUCUACUGUUGCACAUGGCACAUCAUCUUCGCGAAAUGGAAUGACGUCAUCACAUAGUAAUGGUAUAUCUGGUAUAACACCAUCUACAAAUGGAAUGACGUCAUCACCAUCUCGCGGUUCACAAGGUACUACCCAACCCCUACCAGGAAUGUCAUCAUCGAAGUCUACUGGUACACAAGGUACCUCCAAAUCACCACAAGGAAUGACGUCAUCACAAUCUUCUGGUUCAACCCGACCGCUACCAGGAAUGUCGUCAACGAAAUCUAUGGGCACACGAAGUACUAACCAAGCGCCAAAUGGGAUGACAUCGUCUUCAUCCGUUUCUACACGUGGUACUACCCAGUCUCCGCAUGGAAUGACGUCAUCACCGUCAAAUGUUGCACAAGGCACAUCAUCUCCGCCAAAUAAGAUGACGUCUUCACAUAUUCAUGGUACAUCUGCGAGGUGA